UCUUCAUGACUUCAACUUGAAGUGUAAAACUUCAGAUUGGCUAUGGAGUAAGAGUCAAAUAAAUUGACACUUUGAAGAAGUGAAUAGGAACUUUGGCUUAACCCCAAAGAAUUUUAAAAACAUUGUUUUAAACAAGCCGCAAGGCCACUAUCAACUUUGAAUCAAUUAUAAAUACAGCUGAAGCCAAUUUUAAUUGCUUAUUUCAACAGCUAAUUCUUCAACAUGAGUGCUUUUUACCAUGGAGAGCCACCGCAGCAGGACUCUAAGAGAAGCAAAUUCCUUGCCAUGGUUUUGAAGAUUGUGUUUUCAAAUUGCCAUAGCGGCAAUGGACAGUUUUCGCCUUCGAGUACGGAGGAGGAUUAUCAAACAGCCGAUUUUGAUCAUGAACUGGAAGUGGUUGUUUCAGAAAUCCGAAGCCGAGCAAUGGAGAAGUUGAGACGCAGGCCUUUUCCCAUGACUGAUAGCUUUUCCUGGGUCCUUUCACCAAGAAGCAGAGAAUUGUACUUAAAGGCACAUCAACAAAAAGAUGAUGACGAUGAAGAAGAAGAAGAAGAAGAAGAAGACGCAAGAGAUGAAUAUUUUUCUGUUGGGAGCUGUUUCUCUUGCUACUCAAGUGCUCUGAGCAGGGAAGCUUAUUACUCAGUGAAGACAAACUUCUCCUGCUUCAGUCCAAGCUUGAAUGGGCUUGAUUUUCGGGAUCUCCGGCGGUCUAUAAUUCAAGAACUGUGUUUUUGCGAAGGAUGGCCAUUUGGCCUCUGCAGGAGAGCUGUGUUACUACCACCUCUACCCAAGUCGCCAUCCGAAUCUUGGUCAUGGCGUAAAGGCUCGAGAAUUGCUAAGAUUUCUUGUCUUUAGGAUUUUAUCUGUUUUCUUAUUCCUUUGGUUUCUUGAGCUUAUCGAUGGAAGCUGACCUACUCGCUUAAGAAUAAUAAACAGCCUAAAAAGGCAGUUCAGGCA